ACAUAAGAUCUGUAGUCACUGCCGCGGCAAUAAAUAAUUUGCAACAGUUUGCAAUCUGUCAGUAGAGUGUUAUUAUUGUAUUAAAAAUUGAAUUUUAUAAAAAAUAACUGCAAGGGUUUGAUCUCAAUAUUAUAUAUAAUACUUCAGUUAUAAAAUGAAUGCACCUCCGACCUUUGAAUCAUUUCUACUGUACGAAGGAGAGAAAAAAAUUAUCAAGGAACAAGACACAAAGGUUCCCAAUGCUGCAAUUUUCACAGUUAAUAAGGAAGAUCAUACUCUUGGAAAUAUGAUCCGCAACCAACUGCUAAAAGACCCUCAAGUUUUGUUUGCUGGAUACAAAGUGCCUCAUCCACUAGAACACAAAUUUGUUAUCAGGAUUCAAACAACAUCAGACUAUACACCACACGAAGCUUUUAUGCAUGCAAUUACAGAUCUUAUAGCAGAACUUUCAUUAUUUGAAGAACGUUUUAAGGAAGCAAUUAAAGAGAAAAAAGAAGGUUUGGACUAAAUUGAUUAUUAAAUAUAGAUAUCCUAAGCAAUUGUAUAUAUAUGUAUAGGUAUUAACAUAAAUGUAUGACAUUUGUAUAUUACAAAGGGAACUAAUAUACUUCGAUAAAUAGAGAA